CAGCACAGGGAUAGGGGAGCUGCAUGAAGCCAUUGCCGCUGGGAGCCUGUACUGGGACAGGGGAAGCCCUAACUUGCUCUUUAGUGUAAUAGUUAGCUGCAUGAAAGCAGAGUAUCAGCCUCACUCACACUGAACAACACCCAUCAUCCCGUUGUGCUGGGGGGGGAGGGGGAGAGGAUUUUGUAUACCAGCUGCACAGGCACUAUAAGAAGCAAAGAGUGAGGAAUUUGGGGGCACAAGCAAUUUAGAAGGAGUCAGGUAUACUAUUGGCUGUGGGUGAAAGGGGGAGAUCGGUAGAAAGGAGGGUGGGUGACAGCACAGGGAUAGGGGAGCUGCAUGAAGCCAUUGCCGCUGGGAGCCUGUACUGGGACAGGGGAAGCCCUAACUUGCUCUUUAGUGUAAUAGUUAGCUGCAUGAAAGCAGAGUAUCAGCCUCACUCACACUGAACAACACCCAUCAUCCCGUUGUGCUGGGGGGGGAGGGGGAGAGGAUUUUGUAUACCAGCUGCACAGGCACUAUAAGAAGCAAAGAGUGAGGAAUUUGGGGGCACAAGCAAUUUAGAAGGAGUCAGUCCAUUCAGCAACAUGCUUCGACUAGCAAUGGGCAACGACAGGUGGUGGAGUGAUGAGUUUGAUAAUGAAAUAGAAGAACUGGAUACUACUGACGUGUGGACACUGAAUGUGAUUGAACAUAGUUUGCCAAAUGGUGGACUAAAGUAUGAGCAAACCACAUUUGGCAGCUUUGUGUGCUCAAACUGUAGAUAUCAUUGGAGUUCGUUCGUUACCCACCUCAGGUUCUUUAUAAAACUGGACCGAGCACGUAAACGUGGCAUUGUGAACAUGAGGAUUUCUAGGCAGUCGUGUAAGAAAUGCAAUCUUGCUACAAUGGAAAAACCUCACAUUUCACAUGCGAAUUUGAAGAUAAUGAUAAAGAAUUUGGUCUUGAAGAUUAACCGCAAAUUCUAUGAGCAAGAAGACUAUGGGCGACGUUCAAGGUCAAUUAACUAUUAUAGCGACCAAAAUGGCCCUCAUGACAAAGAUCACUGUGAGAUUUGCCAGGAAGAUGCUCAUCAGGAGAAGAAAGAUGAACAAGGAUCAUUUUAUCUGAGGGAGGAUUGGGAACAAGGUACCUCACUUCAUGAGAAGAAGACAAGUGAGCAAGGUGGCUCAACAGCUCUAGCUGUAGGUGUCGCUGCAGGUGUCGUUGUAGGGAUUGGGGCUUUAGCAUUAGCUUGUAUGGCUUUUUCCAAACCUAAAGACUCCUCUAAAAAGUGAUUUCAUCCAUUUGCAUGGUCUGAGUUUAACAAUUUUCUUAGCAUUAGCCUUUCACUUCAUUCUACCCUUUACUAUAACUUUAGUGAUUAAUGCUUUAUAUAGAUCAUUGUGAUUAUUGCAUCUAACAGUCUGCAUACAAUAUAUUCAUUAUACAGUAUGUCUAACAAACACAGAUUUCAAGGAAGAAAUCACCUAUACAGUAUAUUUUGAUCAGAAUAAACUUUUUGUCUGCA